AUGGUGUCAACUUCCUUCUUUUCUGUUUUGCUACUUGCUCUCUCAGCUCAGGCUGUGAACGAUUGGUCAAAACCGUGCUUCGAUGGGUCUUGUUCCUAUGAUUUGAGUGGUCCGGUUACCGGAAGUGUUCAUCUUACAGGUGCCUCGAGCGCCAUCUCCGACCUUACCGAGGCGGCUGGAUGGGCAAUCUUGGAUUGCAAUUCCACUGGAACCGCACAAGACAUCCGUGCAACUUGCGUCAAUAGCACUGCAGGAUGCGAUCAUCUCUAUCAAGGGAACGCAGUUGGCACGAUCGUCCGCUUACCUGAGAAUUGCACGACUAUGCCAUUCGCUCGCGUAGCUAACAUUUGGGACCAUGACAAUCAGACAUCGCCUCUCAGUCGUCGUGGCAGGUUUUCUCGUCGUGAUGAUUAUCCAACUGUGAAAGGGAUUAGUUUGGAUACCAGCUUCAGUGCGAUCGAUCCCUCAGAAGCCGGCAGUGUCUCUUUCUUCUUCCAUGGGACUUCCGCACCUAAUGCUAAUACUCUCAAUUAUUCCAACGUUCCUCAAGUAGUUAACCGUGACCUAUCGGGAUUAGUUAGCGGGUUGACUGGCUCUAUUACUCGUGAGUACUCUGCUGUCCUCGACCCGUAUAUUGUUAAAUGGGUUGUAGAAGCGACAGCAUUCGACAAGAACAUUACACAGGUUGUGCCUAACAUCACUGAGAGCAAACAGGCUGUCAUCUUCAACGAGUCGAUUGCUUGUCCCGCCGUUGGUACUAUCCCUCCUUUUACUGGGCAGGUUUCAGUCGAGGUAGAUGUCAAUGCAAAUAUGUCCGCCUACUACGGUGUCAUUGCUGCAGGGUCAGUCGUGCCCCCAGAGAUUACGACUUUCGCUCUCUAUGGAGGUUUGAACGGAUUUGUGGACGGCGCUUUGUCUAUCAACAGUUCUGCAUCGGCAAGUAUUCACCACUUGAAUGAACUAUCAACAACUACUUUAUCUACUGGAGCUAUCCCGAUCUUCUCGAUUGGAAUACCAGGACUUGAUAUUCCCGGCAUCUUGACUGUUGGUCCCACCUUCCAGAUUGCCGUUGAGGCCACUGCGGCUCUCGAUAUUGACCUGGACUUGAAUGUCGGGUUCAAUUAUACCGCAAACAACGCCCAGUUUGUAUUUCCGGAUACUAACUACACGAACGGAGGCGAUCUCACACCAGGAAAUACUAUUUUUCAGCUUGCCGCUUCUCCGAAUGCAACUUCGGACACGACACUCACGGCGAGCUUGAUUCCAAGUAUCUCAUUCGGACUCAAUGCUCUUGACGGUAUUGCCGAAGCUACUGUGAACCUCGAUCUCAACGCGUUCACGCAGCUGAACCUCGCAUUACACGGGAAUCUGGCGUCUGGGAAUGCCUCUGCGGAUCAGUUUGGUGGCUCGGUGAACGUUCAAGCCGGCAUCAACGUGACUGCUGGUGCAGAUGGCUCCUUCUUCACUGUGUUUGACGACAAGGAGACAAUUACGCUGUUCUCCAAGACCUUCGAGUUGUUCCAGAAAACAUUCGGCAGCAAUCCAUCGAAGAGGAUGUCUCGUCGCCGUUCCCCCCGGUUAUUGGAACGGGGCACUCUCACAUGUCCCGUCGCACUAGAGAAAGCCGCAGUGAUCGCGAACACCAUCAUUUCCGCAUCUCAGCUAGAGGAGAAAACGUCGGGGACUAAAGCUUAG